UUGUUUGGGGUUUUUUGGAGGGGGGGGGGGUAUAUCGGUCGCUAUUUCGAGCCCUAAAAUGUGCUGAGGUGUCAUUAAAUAAAGUUUCCUUUCCAUUCCUUCCUUUUAUCCAAAUACCAUUAAAGACUCCAGAUGCUCUUACAGCAUACUGUGAAAUACUUGGAUUGUUCGCGGUGGGUUUCGUGAACUUGUUGUGACGAAUUUAAGAACACAACGAAAAUAUAUUAUAAUAUACAUUCGAAUUUCUGAUACUACCUUUCCGAUCUACAAAUAUAAUUACCCAAAGAUAUGUGUUUCAUAGAAAAAACACGAAAGUUUAAUCCCACGAUUUUACAGCAAAACUAUAUUUUUGUCUAAAACUUCGUGUUUAAGUUGAAAUAGUAAGCCAAAUAACAUACAAUUCUUUUUUUUCUUCUUUUUUUUCAGAAAGAAUAAUUUUUAAUUAAAUUUGACAAAUUUGUUUCCUGGAUUAGAAACAUCAUUUUGUCAAAUUGAGGAUGUAGGCCUCUAUUAGUAGCACCUGUUGGCGUAAAUAUGUGAAGAUGAGUCACUGAGAAGAGUCGUCUGGCAGGGACACUGUAUAACUAAAAAGAGUAAUGAUGGAUCGUUUAUUCAUCGUCAGCUCGGAUGAACUCGGAACACUGGAUCAGAAUCCUACCAUGAGUAACAGUACAGCGUACGUAACAGACCCGGAUGCAGUAUUAAUCUGGCGAACCAUCCCUCCGGUUUUACUUUGCUGCGGGACAGUCGGAAGUGUGCUAUCUCUCGUAGUUCUUACCCAGAAGUCCAUGAAGCGGUCACCGAUGACGUCAUAUCUGACAACACUCGCCGUCAUAGACAUCAUGGUUUUGUACACGGGCCUGCUUCGACAUUGGUUGAAGUAUUUUUUCGAUAUCGAGAUACGGUCUUUAAACAUCUUCUUCUGCAAGGUGCACCCGUGGCUGGUGUACUUGACGUUGGACAUGUCUGCGUGGCUACUGGUGUGCAUGACGUUGGAGCGUGUGGUGUCGGUGUGGAAGCCGCACAGAGUCAAAACCAUUUGCACGUCUACAGCAUCUCACAUCUCCAUCGUUGUUGUGGUCGUGUUUCUACUCGGCAUCAACUCUCACUUCGUGUACGGAAAGGAACUCAUUGACGUUGUCAAGGACAACGUCACGUCCAAAAAGUGUACGCAGACUGACGAACAUUACCGACAUUUCCUGUACGAUAUCUUCCCGUGGAUAGACCUGUGCAUUUACUGUCUGAUACCCUUCUCAAUUCAGAUAGUCGGAAACUGUUUGAUAAUCGGGAAAAUUGUAUUAAACGCCCGCCGGAUGUCGGCCGUUAUGAAAAACCAAAAUGAGAAAGAAAACAGAAAGCGCCAAGUGUCCUCCAUGACGGUGAUGCUUCUGACCUUGAAUGCUGUGUUCCUGCUGUGUACGUCACCGGUUUCUGUGUACAUAAUCUACAUAGGUUAUUGGAAGCUACAGAAUAUUAACUAUCAGUCGAGAUCGACGGAUUUGAUGUGGGUUUUGUCGAUCUGUUUGAUGUACUUUAACAACUCGUUCAAUUUUCUGUUUUACUGUCUCAGUGGGAAACGAUUCCGGUCGGAGCUGAAGCAUGUGUUUCGGGGAUUACCCACGAGUUCGUCGAAACCGGACACGUUCACUCUGUCUCACGCGGAAAGUACUCCCCAGAUUGGCAGGACUCCAACUGACAAAAACACCAAUGAGACGUACAUUACUCGGUUUUAAAGUCGCAGACCCUAGUUUUAUCCCGUGAAAAUUAACUCUUAAGUUUGGUUAACCUACACACCUGUAAGACAUUUGGAUAAAAUUACAAUAGAGUGAAACAAGAGUCUGUAAUUUUGAAACGAGGAAAUACCCUUAAAAAUAGACUAGAGCUAAGCUUGUCUCCAUGGCAGUUACUUUUCAAAAGGUACGUGUUUUUUUUUUAAACUGGAAAAAAAAAUGUUUUUCGUGGUAUUAGAAACACAAGGAUGCACAAACACUUCGGGUGUACGGAAACGGAUAAUCUGAACAAUAAAAUCUAACUAAUGUCUGAUUUUAAUUGUCUAAACUUUACUCUAAUAGUGAAACAUACGCUAUAGUGUUUAAAAACUAAGGUCUGUUGCUUUAAAUCACUCUGUUGUUUGUGUGUUUUACAAACGGAUUCAGGAUUCUGUCAAACGGAGUGACCGGGAUAUUGACGUAUACUGACAGAAUUUGAGCGAGUGAUUAACAGGAACAAUUUUAGAAUGGUGCAAUGCGCUUUAAACAGGGAGGAGGAAUCUGGGGGUUGGAGCGCGCUGUGCCAGGUCGUCCUUUUAAGAUACUAUCUUGGCUUUGCUGCCAUUGUUCCAUGUUUCGGUCUAAUAAGAACCCAUUUGAAGACUACAAAUACAUACUGCAUUCACUUUCUUGUUCACGAUACUGGUGUCUGUCACUGUCUGUAUAUACUGGUCGUGUCUUUAAUGUUUCUGACACCCAAUAGCCGAUGUAUUUUUCGUGCUGGGGUGUCGUUAAACAUUCAUUCAUUCAUUCAUUCAUGUUUCUAGUAGCCUAAACUGGAUUUAUGUGCCAAUAAUGUAUUUUCGAAAUAGCCUAUAUAUAUUUGGAAAUUUGUUUUUAAAAACAUAUAUAUAAUUAAACAACAGCAACCAUAAUGUACUUUUGAAAAAUCUAUAUUAAGAAGUUGGGUUGUUUUGGGGUUUUUUUUAAAUAUAUAAUUAAAACAACAGC